AUGUUUUUAGAGAAUUUAGCACGUAAAGGAACAGCUACACAAUCAUCCACAUAUUUCAGCCGUCAAGCUAAAAACGCCAUAGAUGGUGUAAGAUAUGGGAGCGUAACCACAUACUGCUCUACAACGUCCAGUGAAUUGAGUCCAUGGUGGAGGUUAGAUCUUCAGGUUAAUUAUGAGAUUAAUACGGUGAUCAUCACUGCUAGAUCAGACUGUUGCAUCGAUCAAAUCACUGGUGCGGAGAUUCGGAUUGGAAACUCACUGGAAAACAAUGGAAACAACAAUCCCAUAUGUGCUGUAUUUUCAAGUCUUCAAAUCGGCACAUCUGCCAUUUUCACAUGUAAUGGAUUCAAGGGACGCUAUGUGAAUGUGGUCAUAACUGGACGUAACUCUUAUCUUACACUGUGUGAAGUUGAGGUCUAUAGAUCAGAGAAUUUUGCAUUGAAAGGAAUCGCUACACAGCCAUCUACAUACUUAAACUGGGUCCCUAAACAAGCCAUAGAUGGUAUAAGAUAUGAACCUGGUGUAGCCACAUCCUGCUCCAUUACUGGAUAUGAAUGGAGUCCAUGGUGGAGGUUGGAUCUCUUGGAUUAUUAUGAGAUUAGUACAGUUAUCAUUACUAACAGAGCUGACUACUGGAUUGAUCAAACCAAUGGAGCAGAGAUUCGUAUUGGAAACUCCCUGGAAAACAAUGGAAACAACAAUCCCAUGUAA